AUGGCAACACCGGCGCGAAAACGCUGGUCCUCAGCAGCACAACCAGGGCCAAGUGGCAGGAUGAUCCCAUUCGGAAGAAUGGAUGGGCUGAGGAGAUUGCUAAAUUCGAUGCCAGGUUUGGGCCGUCCGCAGCCCCAGCAGCAGCUGCCUCUACUGUUGUUGCUAGCUCCCUUCCGAACCAGUCCGCUCCUGCAGCAGCCGAGCCAGCAGAGCCAGCAGCUGGGCCAGUUUCCGGGGCCUGGGCAUCGGAACCCAGAACCGUGGGUCAGCUGGAGGAGAUGUAUGACAUGGUGCUGUGCAUCCCUGGGCGAGUCCCCACUACGCAGCUCAGGGUUGUCAAUGCAUCCGCGAAGGGCAAACCUCUUUCCGAAGCUACAGAAAUCGUGCCCGAGCAAGAGCACAAACUGUUCAUCGCAUCAGCCUCAAACUUCUAAGCCGAGGAACACUGUUGAAUGCGGGCUUUCAGUUGGAAUCUAA